AUGCAGGCAAAAGAGGCUCCCAGCCAGACUAAUCGUAUUCAAGGAAUCAAACUCAAGACGAACGGCACCUGGGAACGCACCAAGUGUAACCUCAUCACUUGCGAAGGCGCGUUCGCAAUCGUCCAAUCUUCUCACCACAGCAUGUACGGCGAGCCACCAAGCGAGGAACGCAUCACAGAGAUGCAAGAGAAUUGGCUGAUUCCCGCCGGCAAGCUGACCGUACAGAGCGAGCUUGGUAGGGGCGCCUUUGGUGUCGUGUACAAGGGCAAAUACCUGACGACCACCGUGGCCGUCAAGAAGCUGCACCAACACAAUGACGACAUCGCCAAGGACUUCCUGCACGAGGUGCAAAUCAUGAAGAACUUGAGGCAUCCCAACAUCGUGCUGUGGAUGGGCGUGCAGCACGACACUGAGAAGGGCGAACUCUCCAUCGUCACCGAAUUCGUUCCGAAUGGUACCCUGUCGACGUUCCUGAAGAACAAGAAGAGCUCGUGGUCGACGCGCGUGAACAUGGCGCUCGAGAUCGCCAACGCCCUGGGCUAUCUCCACGACCGACGUAUUCUGCAUCGCGACCUCAAGAGCGAGAACGUCCUCCUGGGCGCGAGUUUGGAAUGUAAGGUGGCAGAUUUCGGCCUGGCCGUCCUGCACAAGGGAGGCGCCAGGCUUUCGGCCGUCGGCGACCCGUGGUGGCGGUACUUCAACUUCGCUUCGCGCGCGACUGACUUCCGCCUUUCCUUCUCCGGCUUGCCCAUUGACCUCCUUUUUCCUGCUUCUAGAGCGCCCGAGGUGGAUAACUACGAGUACGACGAGAGGGCUGAUAUUUUCAGCUACGGCAUAGUGCUGGGAGAGAUCAUCACCCGAUUCGACGGAGAGCACAUUCGAUUGGGCAUGGUCUAUCAAAAGUCCAAGAAGCUCGAAUUCGGCGUCGACUCGUCCAAGCUCUCCGAGAUGGUCACCGAAACAGCUCCCGAUUGUCCGCCGGCGUUGAUGGAUCUCGCCAUCGCCUGCUGUCGAGAGGACCCGUCUGCUCGCCCGUCGCUCGCCCAGGUCGUGGAGCGCCUGGACAAGCUCAACAAGGAACUGAAGCGAUUAACCAAGGAGCUCGACAGCCAGACCAUCAGCAAAGAGGGGCGCGACCUCUUCCUCUCGCUAUGCACAGGCUCCUUCACGGAAGUGGACAAGUGUACGGUGAAGACGCAAGACAUUCUUGACGCGGUGGCGAAGCAGAUCAAGGACGAGACGGAGCGAGUGCUCAACGACGACGAGCUCGCCAACAUCGCCAGCAUGAUUCCCAACGGCGGCGGAGAAUGUGUGACACUAUCGCAGUUUACCAGCUUCUGGGCGUGGUACUCGGCCAUCUACAAGCUCAUCGCAGACCCUCGGUUGCAUGGCCUGUGGCGGGUCGGCUUCAUUCACGGCUUCGCGUCGCGACAGCAGGUGGAGGAGCUGCUGGAGACUCUAAACGAGCCGCAUACGGUCAUCUUCCGUUUCAGCUCCACCCAGGUCGACUCGCUCGUCAUCUCCUACCUCGCGCGCCAGGACGAAAAGACCAGGCACGACCUCAUCAAAGUGUCCGAGGGAGGAUUCUCGACCAAGAACGAACACAUCAGGUCGAGCUUGAAGAAGGUUCUCCGAGACACGGAGGAGGAGUACAAGGCGGUGUUCUACACGCAGCUCAAUGCCGAACCGACCGAUGACAUGAGCGAGAUCGGCUACAACGUGCGAACGUGA